AAAGCUGUCCGACAAAGAGUUACGCUAUAGCGCGCUUAUUGGCUACUCCUUUGUCUAUUUGUAUAAACCUGCUUGUUCUAUGUAUUCAAAAUAUAAUGUGUAUAUUGUGUGUUGUAUACUGUGGUUGUGUAGUUGACAAAUCAGUGACAAAUUUGAGAUAAGCGCAUCUUUGACGGAUAUUUUACCGUGUCUUAUGACUGAAAGUUUUUCUGAAAUACAUCAAAACAACUCGGAACGUUACAUCGCUUGACUGAAAAUGACUUCUUCUGAGAAUAUGAGACGUUUUCGAAAUCUGUUGGAUCAAUUAUAUCCUCCGCGUACACAGCACUCUACAGUGAUUCCCGCCAAUUCGAUUUUCGAUAUGACUCCCAACGCCUUAAGAAGAGUGCAAAAUGGAUUCAACAGACUUCCUCCUGGUUCUGCCACACCACCGAGUCCUGAUGAACUUGUUAUACAAAAAAGAGGUCAACGUAAACCUAUAGUGUGGUCGCCUGACCUUGACUCUCAUAAACAAAACAGUCUGCUUAACUUAAGCUCUAGAGAUCGUACACCAGUAAAAAAUUCAACAGAAUCAGAUACAACAAUAAAAGAUGCAGUGAAAAGAAGACUCUCUCUCACAGACAUCCAAGAAUCAGAGUUUUCUUCCUUGAAACAUAAGAGAACAUCGUUGCCGUCUUAUAUGUCAUUGUGUACUGCAAACAAAUCAAAUGGACAAUCUAAUGACAAUUUAGUAAACUACUUACGAAGUCUCAAUCAAGAACAACUUGUUCAGUUGAUCAUGGAGCUGAUACAUGAGCAAGAAACUGGUGUAUUGUGCAAGAAUGAGAAAUUCCGUGAUAUUAUUUUGAAGAAAAUAGUAACUCUAGAUAUUCAGCCAUUAACACAGAAAUUAAUUGCUCUAAAACAUCAUAUUUACAUUGGUUUAACAUCAGAUUCAAUACACCUUCCAAUUAAUGCAUUUCAGAAAGCUUUACGCAGUCAGGGAAUAAUGUUGCAAGAAUCUCAGUGUUGGGCCUCUUUGAUGAACUAUGUCUUAGAAGCAUGGCGAGUCGUAGAAGAAGUAGAAAAGUGGGACCACAAAGCUCUCGGUUUCUUUACAUUCAAUUGCUCUAAAAUCUUGUCAUCAUUUUGUAUAAAAGCUUUAGAAAAAGGAAACUUCGAAACAUCAGCUCUAGAAGUAUACAUUAAGAGUCUCGAAAACAUGGCCAGCAAUUGCGACGUGUUUCAAGUUUGUCUACAAAUGGCGAAAAGCGUUAAAAAUAAGGCCUAAAUGAGAUGCUACAUAAUUGGUAAAAUUUAAAUUAAUUAUUUAAUAUGCAAACCAAUCUAUAUGAUAAUUGAAGUACUAUUAACAUAUUGUUAAUUACUGUUAUUAUUGUAUACGGGAGAGAUCUGAUAUAUUUAAAUUAUACCGGUGAGAAAAGAGUUUUAGAAAACUGAGUGGACCAGUGAGAACGCUGUUGAAAUUUUAAAAUGGCAUUUUAGAGAUGCCUUCUUUCGUCCUUAUGACAUUUUGUAUUGUUUUGCGUGCGUAUACACUUGACGUAAACAUAUAUAUGUUUACAUUGUAGUUUGUUAUAUUUUUGUUUUUAUCGAGAUAUUAGAGGUAUCAAAACGGACACUUGCGUAACAGACAGCACACACAUACGUGUGACAUUUAAGUAUCAAGUAACUAAAGAAAAGCCAAUCCAUUUGUUUCGGCAUUAUCAUAAAUUCAGAUAAAUUUAUGAUAAUUGUAAGCUUUUUUUGAUAUCUGAUAAUCUGUUUAUCGGCCAUCGAGUUUGCCAUAUUAGCUAUUAAAAAUUACACGUGCCUUGAUAUUUAUUUUAAGUCAUUUUAAGCGUUUUAAAUUAUAGAGAUUACUUUUAACUAUAUUAUACGAAUAUCUAACACUGCAUAUGACUAACUUAUUGAUAUAACUAAGUGUUUUAAUUUAAAAUAUAAGUACGAUUUAAAUAUCUCCUCAUAAUAAAAAUAUUUAUUGAUGUAAUCGACGUAAGCAAGACAAUGAGCAGUAGGUAGAACUAAAAAAAAAGCCGAUGUUCAUCGAAAGGAUUUGUGUGAAAUUCAUAUUUUUAUAUAGUCUUAAUAUUCAUAUGUACAAUUCUUGUAUGAGCUUGAACACAAACAGUAUAAGCUUCUUGAUUUAUACUCGGAAGUACAUUUUGUCUAGAUAUUUUACGAAUUGUAUAAAAGACAAUAAUUUUGACGUAGUAAAAUUGUCUUUAUACACGUUUUAAUGUGAAACAUGUUUUCUUUUGUAUAAAACAAAUUCAGUGAUACAAAAAAAAAUGUAUUGAAAAAAAUGUAUACUUCCGAUGUAUAUAAUCAAGUAAAUUAAGUCUUUAUUGCGGUGAAAAUAAUUACAUCGUCGAAUAUAAUAUACACAAUAUUUUUGUAUCUUGCGAGAGUAUUUUUUUACAAUGUGUAAUCGUAUGUCAUAUUUAUUUGUAAAUUGUAGUUCCAGGAGGAAAGUGGGGGCUCUAACGCACAUAUUUAUAUUUUUUUAUUAAAAACAAUUUAUUCGUCAUAUAAUAUAUUGUAUUUUCUUAUAUAUAUAUAUAUAAUAUAUUCAUUAUUACUUCUUUAAAGGCACAUAUUUCACUUUGCGAGCGGUCAGAAAUCCUCUAAGCGGCUCGCGUUUUGCACACGUUAAACGCCUGUACAUAUCUAUUACAAGAGCAAGCAUGCGAUGGUACUUAGAAAAUUUCUGAUAGCGGUACUCGAAAAUCGAUUGAUUAUCUUGUAUGCCCAUCUAAAUAUUACAACAUGACCUUGUCAGGUAUUCGUCGAAUCGUUAGUACAAUUAGGCGCAAUCGUAACGUGUAUACAUAUAUAUCAUCAUCGAUAGUUUGUUCAGUAUUUAUACGUUUUCCCAUAUAAUUGCACACUGUCGUUCGAAAACUAUGUCGCAAUCGUUUGUCGUGCGUAUUGGCAAGAUUUACGUUACGCGUCGUUCUAGGAACAGCUUCGUAGAAUCGGAUAUCACAAACGAAAUCCUCGACAAUGUAGUUCCCGGCCAAAAACAAAAAAAAAAAAAAAAAAAAAAAAAAAAAAAA